CGACUAGGGUCGACCAGACCUGACUAAUCGACCCUAGUCGACGACUAAUCACGAUUAGUCGUCUGGUCCACCCAUUGUUCGAUCAAACGAUUAGGCGAUUUAAAAACAUUGACGCUGCACAAAUGCAAGCAUAGAAUCCUAGAAGAUGAGCAGAUAGAACAAGAGGUGAGAAAUUCAGCCUUUCCCAAACGGAUAGCACAUGCUACCAAGUCAUUUAUCUCCUUUGCUUUUGGCCACAAUAACCAGUUGAGGAGAUCAAUUAUUCGAAGAUUUGAGUGGUAUGCAGAUUGUGCUAGUGACUUCCUGAGAUUCAUAGAGCUUGGUUGCACACCAUACUGUCAUAUGCCCUUCAACCCUUUCAUCGAGAACCUUUUUGCAGGCAAGAAGAUGCAAUACAAAAUCGAUCAGGGAAAUGAGUGCACUUUUUUUGUACUGUGGUUACCCUUCAGUACUGCAGAGCAUGGAAUAGAGGUUACCCUAUUUUUCAUCCAAAAAGAUGGUAAUGCACCAGAGAACAAUUUUUACUUCAGUGUCACGCUACAACUUUCAGAAAGUACAGACAUAAUUGGGAUUGCGAUUAAGUGCUUGCAGUUAUUUACACCUCUUUUCAAGUUGAAAUUAUUAGGAAUAAAAUUAUGCAACUGCCUACACAAGACUUCUCUUGGGCGCCAUUUGUUGAUUCACGCCAGAAAGAACAUUGGGAAAAUCUUCACGGUUGUUGUUCUCAAUGGUAUCGUCCAAACCCAUCAUGUUGCAAGAAGAUUGACCAGCAUGAAGUUUGCCGUAGUAGCAAUGCAGACACAUCAGAUAUUUCCCUAGAACCAGUUAUUCAAGUGCAUUUGCAGUGCCAAGUCUCACUGGAUGAAGGUGGAAUUUGUCUGCAAGAUUCACAAUAUGUGAUUGCUGGACUCCUCUUUAUGCCGCAUGGCUCUUCAGAGGACCAGCCGCUUGCAGAUAAAAGUUUUGCUAUAGUGGUGAAUCACAGCUAUGAGCAACAUUGUGUGCAUACCGACAUCACCUUGGUGCAGCUGGAAGAGUUCAUCCUGACAAAGGCAGUAGAGUACUUCCUCCAGAACGCAGAUGCAUUAGUCUAUCAGAUAGUUUGAAAGUCUAAACAGGGCACUGCAUACAUUCUGGUUGUGAAGUCAAGCACGAAGAUGCAAAGCACUCAGAGAAUGAUUCAGGGAGGAAAGAUCGUGCAACGACAGGAUCAGGAGCUGCAGAACAGGCCAUAUGUGAUUCCUCACUUCCUGAACUUAUGGGUUGCACAUGCGCCCAUCCGGCUGCAAAGCUCGAUCAUGAACUGGAUUCAGAAAGAUGACAAAAAUCAGUUUGCAAUUUCACCACUACGCCUGACAUUCUAGAUCAUUUAGCAUGGAUCAAUAAUGGAAACAGGAUUCAGAAGAAGGAUGUAGUAUGUAAUAUAGUUAAAAAUAGAGGGAGUAUGUUCUACCAUAGGAAUCUAUGAAAGUGUGAUACCGUGCGCUGCUCUUUUUUAGGUUCGAAAUGUAUGUUCCAUAUGGUGUUAUUUGCUUCUUACAAGUUAGAUAAUCACAUGCUUGGAAUUACAUGACUUACUACAUCAACUCAUUUGUAAGUGUAGACUAUUUACUUAGUGUAUGAAUAUUUAGCAUAUUAUUAUGUACCACGAUCAAAUAAAGUUGAUGAGAAAUUAUAAAUCUUGUGGUAUUGCAUUUGAAGUCAUGUAAGUCCCUUUCUUAUUGGGAUGGUGUUUGGUUGGGCAUAACAGGCCUGCCUCUGCUAGAAGAAAAACACGUUUGUUGAUGCAGAAAAGUGCAAAACCAGAUCAGAGUCCAUGCAGUGUAACCAAAUUGCAGCCAGUUUCCUUUGGCUAAAACCAUAGGCAUCAAUAAGUUGCUUCAAAAUCACAAGUAACAGGUUCUGAUUUAUAUUGUUCAUCUGGUGGAGACGAUAACUUUCUGAGUUCCUUAACACUUCUAUGUAGGCCAGCUAAAGAUGUAUUGUCAUGUUUUUUUUAUGGCAAUUUCUGAGUUUCUUGCCCUGUACCCUUCUAAAUUAAUUGGUGAAAGGUUUCCGGGUUGACUUGUUUCAUGUUGUACUCCACUUGUACCCAAUUAGCAUAGCAGCCUCCAUUUGAUUGUUGCACAGCUUAAAUGUGACUCUUCAACUUGCCACCACUUAAUGCACGUUAGCCAAUUAUAUUCAAACACAUAAAAGAUGCGAAAACUCUCAUUGUUGAUUGAAGUCAGAUGUCCUUCCUUGAAUCAACAUUUUCCUCAUGUAUAGACCAAACCUCCAGACCCCAUGCUGUCAGACCUCUGUUAGUGAAUUUUCUGCCUCUGUUUGCUUCCUAUAAAUCUUGGACCACACUAUGCUCUUCUUAAAUUCAUAUCUUACCUUACAGUUCAAAGGUAGAUAGCUACAUACGCAGGAUAGCUGAUCGCCGCUUCCCUGCGAUUCUAUCAAAGCUGUGCAGGAAAGGGAUGCUAUAUAUGCUUGAAUCCUAAUGGCAGAUAUGCUCAGUUCUGCUGUUGUGCAUGAAGUAGUUAGCCAAAUCCUAUCUGAUCUCAUUAGUAGGCGUGAGGGGAAAGAAAAAGUCAAGGUCAAUGAAAACUUGGAGAGGCUAGAGAUGGCGCACAUUAAGUUGGAGGCUGCUCUUGAGACAUCUGAAAAGUGGCAGAUCACUGGCGCAUCCUUGUUGCGUUGGCGUAAAAAGCUGAAGCGUGCUGCUCAAGAGUGUGACGACACACUGCACAAAUGCAAGAAUCGAAUCAUAGAAGAAGAACAGAUAGAACAGGAGGUGAGGAAUUUAGCCUUUCCCAAACGGAUAGCACAUGCAACCAGGUCAUUUAUCUCCUCUGCCUUUGGCCAUGAUAACCAGCAGUUAAGCAGCGUUGUUCAAAGAUUUGAGUGGUAUGCAGAUGGAGCCAGCGACUUCUUGAGAUUCAUAGAGCUUGGUUGCACACCAUACUGCCACAUGCCCUUCAACCCAUUUAUCAAAAACUUUUUUUCAGGCAAGAAGCUGCAGCACAAAAUCGAUCAGGGAAAUGAGAGCACUUUUUUUGUACUAUGGUUACCCUUCAUUACUGCAGAGCAUGGAAUAGAGGUUUCCCUAGUCUUCAUCCAGAAAGAUGGUAAUGCACCUGAGAAUAAUUUUUACUUCAGCAUCAUGCUACAACUUUCAGAGAGGACCGACAUACUUGGUAUCGCAAUUAAGUGCUUGCAGUUGUUUACACCUCUUUUCAAGUCUAAAGUUGAAAUUAUUAGGAAUAAAAUUAUGCAACUGCCUACACAAGACUUCUCAUGGGUGCCGUUUGUUGAUUCACGCCAGAAAGAACAUUGGGACAAUCUAGCUGGUUGCGUUUCUCAAUGGCUUCGCCCAAACCCAUCAUGUUGCAAGCAGAUUGACCACCAUGAAAUUCACAAUAGUAGCAAUAUCACAACAGACAAGUCAGAUAUUUCUCUAGAACCAGUUAUUGAAGCACAUUUGGAGUGUCAAGUCUCACUGGAUGGAGGCGAGAUUUGUCUUCAGGAUUCUCAAUACCUGAUAGCUGGCCUCCUCUUUAUGCCCCAUGGCUCUUUAGAGGACCUGCUGCCUGCGGAUAAAAGCUCUGCCAUAGCAGUGAAUCACAGUGAGGAGCAACACUGCAUGCAUACAGACAUCACCUUGGCACAGCUGGAAGAGAUCACGCUGCCAAAGGCAGUAGAGUACUUCCGUCAGAACACAGACACAUUAGUCUACCAGAUGCUUUGGAAGUCCAGACAGGGCACUGCGUACAUUCAUGUUGUGAAGGGAAGCACGAAGACGCAGAGCAAACGGCGAAUGAUUCGGGGAGGAAAGAUUGUGCAACGGCAGGAGCAGGAGCAAGAGAACCGUUCAUGUGUGGUGCCUCACUUCCUCAACUUAUGGGUUGCACAUGCACCCAUCCAGCUGCAGGGCUCCAUCAUGAACUGGAUUCAGAAAGAGGUCAAAAAUAAGUUGGCGUUUUCACCACUACGCCUGCAGUUCUAGUCUAGAUUAUUAAAGUCGGACCGAUAAUGGAGACGAGGUUUAAAGAAAAAAAUGGAAUUUCUGGGGAAUAGAUUAAAUGUUAGGACUUGUUCUUAACGGAGGACAUGCAUCUCUGUCAAAACAUCCUAUAAGCAAACAUAUUGUCAGAGCAAUAAUAUUGAUAACUUUGGAUAUGAGCGCUUGGAGACUAGCUAUCAAUGUGCCUGAACCUUGAACUUAUUUCUUUCGGGUUUCAUCUCUAGCCUACCCCAACUUGUUUGGGAAAAAAGUCUAUGUUGUUGUUGUAAUAAUAUUGAUAACUUCUCCAUAAAGGUUAUUGAGUUACAUAUAUGCUACUUUAUGUAUCUAUGUAAGUCAGAGCAGUACGCUGCCUUUUUGUGUUCAAAUGUCCUUUUCAAAUGGUUUUAUUUUUGUAGUCUUACCAUUUUGUAAUCAUGUGCUGGGAAUUGCAUGGUUUACUACAUAUAUAAAUGCAUUUGUAAGCAUAGACCA